UCCUACCAGUGAGUCUACCAAAUUUCAGUUCCUUUCAAGUAUUUUCAAUUCAGGUUCGAGUUUGUCGUGUACGUUCUCAAUUUUGGAGAAAUGGAAGACAUGGAUUACUUGCUGGCACUACAGCUUCAGGAUGAGCUCCAAAGUGAAACAACUGCAUCCAGUCCCAACAAAGAAAAUCUAAUUUUUCAACGCGACUUGGAUAAGUUCAGCAGCGAAUCAGGAUCCAAAGGAAAAUCCCGGAAACCUAGUCCUAAGCAGCCUAGCAAGGAAGUUGAAAAACUUACCUCUCUGAAUGAUUCCUCAUGGGAGGUGAUUGAUCCAACCCCUGAUAUAUUUGCACUCUUUGGUGAAUUCAACAAACGCUUUUUUUGGGGCAGAUUAGACGCUGUUGAAGUCAAAUGGAGCAAGCAGAUGACAAGCUGUGCAGGUAUAUGCUACUACCAAGGAAGAAUGGGGUUGUGUUCUGUGAGGUUGAGCGAGCCCCUACUGAAACUUCGACCUCGCAGCGAUCUCAUAAAUACAUUGUUGCACGAAAUGAUCCAUGCUUACCUGUUUGUAACUGCCAACAACAGAGAUCGCGAUGGUCAUGGACCUGAGUUCCACAAGCACAUGGGCCGCAUCAAUAAAGAAGCUGGCACCAAAAUUACGGUUUAUCACUCAUUCCACGAUGAAGUGCGAUUGUACCAACAGCACUGGUGGCGAUGCAACGGUCCAUGCCGUGAUCGCAAGCCGUACUAUGGUUAUGUGAGGCGUGCCAAAAACCGUGCCCCGGGACCAUACGAUUUCUGGUAUGGCGACCAUCAUGCAGAGUGUGGGGGAACAUUCAUCAAAAUUAAGGAGCCAGAAAAUUAUGGAAAAAAAGAAAAGAAACCGAAAAGCUCGUCCACUUCCUCCAAUCCCAAGUCGUCCAAGUCUAGCGCUAAAGACAUCAGGAACUUCUUUCCACAACCAUCCACAUCCACAAGCUCUAGCUCUAGCCAAGUAAACCCUAGUCCUAGUUUAGUUGCUGCCAAAAUUUAUGGAUUCAAUGAUCUGAACGAACCUUCGAACCCAACCGUUAGUGCAUCCGCUACAACAAACUCUAACAUAGUCGGGUUCCAUGAUCUUACUUCCAGCAACUCCAAUGGAUUAAGCAACUCUACCAGUAGUCGAGGUAAAAUUGGAACAGCAUCGUCAGGUAGAACCUUAGGAACAAGCAAUUUGGGAAGCACCCCUGGAAAUUACAGGAAUGCAGGAAGAACUGCUGGCGGAGGAUUGAAAAACAAAGGUAGCAGCACUGUCUUAGUUCCUCCCAAGACGCAAACCAAAACAAAAGUCAGUGCAGAAGAGCCCCAAGAGGUGAAAAAGGUUGAUAAUCCUUUGAAUAUUGACAGGUUCCAAGCAUUUAAAUCCAAUGGGCAAGUACUUGGUGGUAAUGCAAAUGACAGAUCAAGGAGUCGUCUGCUGGCGAUGUUCUCGAAUCAAGAGCGAGAGAAGCAGAAGCAAAGAACACGACAGAGUCCAAUGCAAAAAACACACCGGAGUCUGGUGCAAGAAACUAAGCAGAGUCCAACUCAAAAGUUACAAGAAAGUCCGACUGUUGAUAGCCGGCGAAUGAUAGAUUGCUCCUCCCCAACAAAAUCGACUGUCAGCCCACUUAGUAGCUUGCAAAUGCGCAAUUUUCCCUCCUCCAAUAGCAAAAAAGGUAGCACCAAAGCAUCUCGUGAUAAAUUUCUUGCAUCCUUCUCUACUUCAAGUACUACACCAAACUCAGACUCGGAUGCUAGAUUAACAGUUAAAAGACGAUCAGUGUCUGAUAGUACAAACUCUCCUGAUGUAGAAAGGGAGUGUCCCACCAAAAAACCGCUUUUUAGUGUUGAAACUAUUUGUCUUGAUACUCCAGAGAAGGAUAUGGUACCUUGUCCAGUUUGCUCAAUGAAAGUCAGUCGUAACACCGUAAAUGAUCAUCUUGAUAGCUGUGUUGGAUUUUUACCUGGCCCAUCCUCUGAGUAUCAGCCUACUAACAUUGAUCAAGCACAAUCCUCUAAUUCGGUGAAUGGAAUAGUAAAUAUUGUAGAAUCGAAGGAUGCCAUUCCCCCAAAGAGGCAAUUUGAUCAAGACAUUUACAUCUCAGAUGAAGAGGAUGAAACUACGAAUGGUCAAGAUGACCGAUUCAAUGUCACAGAUUAUAAUCUAGGCUCCGAGCCACAAGUUCCUUGCCCUUGCUGUAAUAAUUUAGUGUCCAGUGAUAAUAUAAAUCAACACUUAGAUGUCUGUUUGAAUGAAAUGGCGCUGAGAGAUUCCACAUAGCUCUGUCAAGAAUAACGAUCCAUUUUUGUGUGAUAUCCAAGUAUGAAAAUUUUGUACUAGUUUCAGAUGAUUUCCAAAACAGCUGAACUAGCUUUCUUCACCCACUGUAAUUUCACCUUUUGCUAAACACAUUUGAUGCUUUUUAAUCCUUUACUCCAAAAUCGUACUGUUGAAGUAUCUGUGAAUCACCAUAAAAAUUUGUUUUACAACAAAUAUUUUUCUGCUGACAGCAUUCACUAAGCAAGUGUUUCCAUUUUUCUCUCAUCAAUUCUUAUAAAAUAUUAUACCCUUUCCCCUCUUUCAAUUUCUUCAUCAUGUACUGCGUAGUCAUAAGAAGAAAGUGGCACUAAUACAUCAUGAUAUUCUCUUCAUUUUUGGAUGCAUUUACCCAUAAUCCUCCUGUCAAGAUUUUUAACUUGACAUCUAGUAUCGUGAUAAUAUUUAAAUUUUAUUUGUCUUUAUAUACAAUAGUAUUACCAUUCAAGUUUGAAGUAUUUGACACAAAAUGGUAAUGAAGUUUGUUUUUAUUAAAUUGAUUAAUUGUUAGUCUCAAAUUAUGUGACCUCUAAAAUUCUGGGAAUCAAAUCAAAAUUUUACCAUUCAUGAAUUUAUCUACCCUUCCAGUUAGCCCAGGAACUACCUUACAUUACACUUAAUGUUUUUAGUCAAGUUUUAUGCCACCUUAUAAGCUCUCUUCUCAAGUCAACUCAAUUCACAGCAUACAAAUUGUUGAAAAAGUAUUCCACAGUUUGAAAGUUCAUUCUUAUUUUUAAAACUCCUAGCAUUAAAAACAUUUUUUCUCUUCCUCCAUUUUCAUUGCUAUUAUUGUAAGAUUUAUUACUGCUUCUACUAAGCUAAACUAUUACCACCAAACGAUCAUGAUUCUAUCUCUGACCUUUUUUCUCUCUUUUUUAUGUUUUCCAGAGCAAUGGUUCAUCCAUGCUUCUCAAUUCCAAACAUUUCACUACAUUUUAUGUUAUAAAGUUAUUUGUAUGAGACUUUUCUUGUUAUCAGUAGUCAGCGAUACCUUUAUCAAAGUUAAAAAAAUGUAUUAAUUCCUGCCAGAAAACAUGUUACUCAGAAGCAAUGUCCUCCCCUGUGAGAUUGCCUCAAACUCUAAACUGUUUCAUUCUAAAAUUGUACGCUGUCUAGAGCAUUCAAAGCAACUUCAAAUUUCUGUCAUACAACAAAUUGCCACUUUAUUCAGAAUAAGCUGUUUCCUGGAAAUCUAAUAUUCCUGUCUUUCAGCCAUUCUAGCUUGAAGCUCUGACUCAUUUCAACUCGACUACAUGAAAAGUCUCCAAAAUUUUGCCGUCACUUUCAUAAAGCCUAUUUUCAGUUCCAAGUUACUAUAAGCUUUCUUCCGAUACUAUUUUUUAUACCUAGUUUUAAAUUAAUUACUCCUUAUUAUUGUUCUUCUCAAAGUUGCCUUACAAUUAAAGAGUUUAUUUAAAAAGCUU